UGAAUUACAUAAUUAGUUAAAAGAGGAAACGACAAGAAAAGAUGAAAUGUAGAAGAAAAAGGCAUUGCAGAUUUCUUCAUGCUGCUUUUGAUCGAAUGAUUUUAGGUUUUACAUUUUGUCUUUUUCAGCAUAUAGUUCAUGAUCUUCUCUUGUGUAUGUGUACAUCCAUAUGAUUUGUUGUAGACAAGAAAACAUAUGCUUUCUUAGGUAUUGUUCAAGGUUAUAUAUAGGUCUCUAGAAAAAAAAGAAGCAAAAAUGAGCAAGGAACAAAGCUGUGUUCUAAAAGCUUGGGAGGUGACGAUGAGAAAGACCCAACAAGCCAAGAAACGUGCAAACAGUAUUUUUGGGACGGUACCGGUAGCUCUACAGACAGAUGAUGAUGCUACAACAACCGAGGAGAAUGAUGAUCAUGAGAGCAGCACUAACACAAGCAGCGUAGGUGAACUGUACCAAGAAGAGAGAGUGCUUCCCAAUGGAGACUAUUACACAGGUCAAUGGUACGAUAGUUUUCCCCACGGGCACGGUAAAUAUCUAUGGACAGAUGGUUGCAUGUACAUUGGUGAUUGGUACAACGGGAAGACUAUGGGGAAAGGCAAGUUCGGUUGGCCUUCUGGUGCCAUGUAUGAAGGCGAGUUCAAAAGCGGGUACAUGGAUGGGACUGGCACUUACACAGGUCCUAGUGGAGAUACUUAUAAAGGUCAGUGGGUGAUGAACCUAAAACAUGGACAUGGGAUCAAGAGUUUUGCAAACGGAGAUGUGUAUGAUGGUGAAUGGAGAAGGGGUUUGCAAGAAGCUCAAGGGAAGUAUCGUUGGAGAGAUGGGAGCUAUUGCAUCGGUGAAUGGAAGAACGGUACUAUUAGUGGCAAAGGUACUUUUGUUUGGUCAAGGGAUGGUAAUAGAUACGAUGGGUUUUGGGAUGAUGGUUUCCCUAAUGGUAACGGGACAUUCAAAUGGGACGAUGGGAGUUUCUACGUUGGUCAUUGGUCUAAAGAUCCUGAAGAAAUGAACGGUACUUACUAUCCAUCAGGCAACGAAGGGACUCUUGAUUGGGAUCCUAAAGACGUGUUUGAUAAUCUGAGUGAGUACAAGAUUUGUAGUGGAGAAAGGGUUCCUGUGUUGCCUUCACAGAAGAAGCUCUCUGUUUGGAACUCUUCCAAGCGUGUUGAGAAGCCGAGGAGGAUAUCUGUUGAUGGGAGGGUAAGUGUUGGUUUGGAUAGAGCGUUUGAGAAGAUGAAUAUGUGGGGAAGUGAUAGUGGUGAAGGCGCUGCUGAUAUUGAUUCAACUACAAGGAGAGAUUUGGAUGCUGAGAUAAUGAGACUUGAGGCUGAAGGAUUGAUUCAGAGCUUGAGACCUAGUCCUGUGCCUAUGAGAUUGCCAAAGGCAGGGAAGAAGCAAGGCGAGACCAUAUCGAAAGGUCACCGGAAUUACGAGCUUAUGCUUAAUCUACAGCUUGGAAUCAGACAUGCUGUUGGAAAACAAGCUCAGGUUGUGUCUCUUGAUCUUAAGCAUUCAGCUUUUGAUCCAAAGGAGAAGUUAUGGACAAGAUUUCCACCAGAAGGAGCCAAAUACACACCUCCUCACCAAUCUAGUGAAUUCAAAUGGAAAGACUAUUGCCCAUUAGUUUUUAGGAGCCUGAGGAAGCUGUUCAAGGUAGAUCCAGCUGAUUACAUGUUAUCGAUCUGCGGUAAUGAUGCCCUUAGGGAGCUAUCAUCUCCUGGUAAAAGUGGAAGUUUUUUCUACUUGACGAACGAUGAUCGUUACAUGAUAAAGACAAUGAAGAAGUCUGAAACUAAAGUGCUUCUGAGAAUGCUUGCAGCUUAUUACAACCAUGUUAGAGCAUUUGAGAACACUUUGGUGAUUAGAUUCUACGGUCUCCACUGUGUGAAGUUGACUGGAACAAUCCAAAAGAAGGUGCGGUUUGUCAUUAUGGGUAACCUAUUUUGUUCAGAGUACUCUAUCCACAGACGCUUUGAUCUUAAAGGAUCUUCUCUUGGCCGCACAACCGAUAAACCUGAAUCAGAAAUCAACUCAAACACAAUCUUGAAAGAUCUUGAUCUGAAUUUCAUUUUCAGACUACAGAAAGCUUGGUUUCAAGAAUUCAUUAGACAAGUCGACAAAGACUGUGAGUUUCUAGAACAGGAGAGGAUCAUGGACUACAGUCUUCUGGUUGGGAUUCAUUUCAGAGAAGCAUCAGUCGCUGGAGAGUUGAUACCUUCUGGAGCACGCACACCUAUUGGUGAGUUUGAAGAUGAAACAGCCCCUCGUCUCUCAAGAGUAGACGUAGAUCAGCUUCUAUCCGAUCCCACAAGGUGGGCUAGUAUUAGACUUGGAGGUAACAUGCCGGCUCGAGCAGAGAGGACAAUGAGAAGGAGCGACUGUGAGUUCCAGCUAGUUGGGGAACCAACGGGAGAGUACUAUGAAGUUGUAAUGAUCUUUGGAAUCAUAGACAUUCUUCAAGACUACGAUAUCAGCAAGAAACUUGAACAUGCUUACAAGAGUAUCCAGUACGAUCCUACUUCAAUCUCAGCCGUUGAUCCGAGGCUGUACUCGAGACGCUUCCGUGAUUUUAUCUUUAAGGUCUUCUCUGAGGACGAUUGAAACAAGUUUCCACUGUUUCUGGCCUUUUUAGGUUUCUUGUGCGCCAAGAAAUGAAGGCUUAGGUUUUAUAUACUUCCAUUCGGCAAUGGUUAUGCAGCCACUACUUUAUUUUAUUUCAUAAACUGUAUUAAUUCUACAAUAAACUAAGUAUGUAAGGAAAAAUGUUUCAAAAAAAAAAAACUAAGUACGUGACAAAAGUUGACAUUUUAGCAGUGAAUAAUUUUUUUACGAGAAAUUCUACCUAAAAAAGAUUUUGUCACAAAUAUAGACCUUAAAAAUAAAAUGACCAAAAUAGAUUUAAUUGUUUUAUCAAAAGAAGUAAAUAUACAUUUUUAUCCCAAAGGUUAAUUAAUCUAGACAUUAUGGUUUAGAGUUAAAGAGUGGAAUUUAGGGUUUAGGGUUUAUGGUUUAGAGUUUAGGGUUUCAGAUUUAAAGUUGAAGAGUGGAGUUUUGGGAUAGGAUUUCAAAUUAAAAAAAAAACAAAUUUAAAAUUUUCAAAAUAAAAAAAUGCUAUUUUGGUCAUUUUAGUUUUUGAAGUCUAUUUUUGUGACACAAACUUAAAGAUGUUUAUCCGAGAGAAUUGACUUUUUUUUAUUUCACUUCUUUUUUUUUGAAGAUGAAUUAAUCACAUAAACGAGUUCUCACAUUUCUCGUACAGCAUCUUUUCACGCAACGCUUCGAAUUCAUUUUGUAAUAACUAUCCAUGUUUUCCAUUUGAAGAUGAAAAGUGUAGAAAAGCCUUUCCUCUUGCGACCUUGAAAAUGAAACAUCCACAAGAACAAACCCCAUCUUCUUCUAGUCCAGUUAACACAUUGGAUAUUGAGAAGUUAUGAAUCAAUUGGACGAUGAAAUUUGGACCAUCACUUCGUUGUCUCCAAGCCUAGUGACGGGAACAGUGGAUAUAUAACUUGACACUGCCUUUGGUUGUGGCUUAACGUAAUGUUCAAUGCCUCUUUGAUCCGAUACACGAAUUAAUCAAGAGUUCUUCCUUAUUCUGUAAUAACUUCUUCGCUUGCUCAUGCACCUCUGGUAUGUACUUUAAGCUCCGUGAAUUGGUUCCAGAAAUACUUAGCUUCCUCUGCAAGAAAGAAAAGGAAAAAGGAUUCUCAGCAUUUUUGUUCUAGAUGGUAUAGAUGCAAACACAAACGUAUUUAUUCUGUUAAAUUUAUGGAGUUCCAACUUAAAAUUAAUUGACGUGUAACUUAUUGAUAUAUUAGAUAUUCUUUUGUAUAUCACUGUAGGUCUUAUCUCACUGCAAGAUUCCGAGCACAUUCUUUUAAAACGUCCAAAAUAUAAGGGACGUCAGAAUAGUUACUUACCGAUUGAUCUAAGGUUGGAAGACUUGAGCGGAGAGAUGAAAAUAAAGAGUUGAUCUUCUUGCGACGGUCACGCUCACUAGCAUUGCGAUUACGCUUCUUGAUAACAAAUACAUAUGUUAUAAAGCUGCGUUAAAAUAUGUUAUAAAAACUUUUUAUCUUUUAUAGACUCUAUUGGCUAUCCGGUUGGCUCCAGGAAAAAACGUAUUUAGUGUUUAGAGUGGAUUAGUCCGAAAUCAUACCAACGUGUAUGACCCAAAUUUGAACCAAUUGUCUGUUACGGUCUACAUGUUCACCAUCUGUGACGAAACUCAAGUCUAAACUGGUUAAGCAGUGAUAAUUUAGUUUUCAACAGAAAUGAAAUUUAAAACCGGUAUGGAUAUACACCGAGUUCAAAAAGAUUACAAUCUAACUACCACUGCUUGAUUUUGUUUUGGUCAAUUACCACUGCUUGGUUAAAACCUCUGUUCAUUAAAAUUAUAUAAAAUUAUACAUGUAUUAUAUAUAAUACAUGUAUCAAAACUAUAAGAAGAUUAUAUAUUUGUGUAUUGAAAGAUGAGUCAGCUUAAAGAUUAUAAGAAGAUUACAUGUAUUAUAUAUUCGUUGAAAUAAGGUGGAAGAUGCUUUGGGCAUCCACAUGACAUGAUGUAAGCCUAUACAUAAGCAUUUUUGAAAUUUAGUGUCUUUCUUAAAUACAUGCAGCCUCAUUAUUUAGCACAAUAAAGCCAUUACAAUAUUUAGGUCAACAUGAUGCCCAUCUAUGUCUACACUAAAAUAUGUUGUGAUUUAGUUAUUCUUCCAAGAACUGGUAAAAAAUAUUCCCAAACUCUAAAUGUGAGCCAAUGAGGUUACAUAGAUUCUUAUAGUGACCCACAUUUCCAAACUAAUAUAAUAUUUUCACUAAAAGAAAACGUUUCUAUAACAACGAAGAUUUACGAGGAAAAUAUUUCGUCGUAAAUUUACAUGGUGUUUACAACGCAAUU